CGGCGGCGGCGGCAGGGCCGGGCGCGCUGCAGGGCUGCCCGGCCGCGGGGCCGCCAUGCCCGCCAAGUCCAAGUACAACCUGGUGGACGACCGGCACGACCUGCGCAUCCCCUUGCACAACGAGGACGCCUUCCAGCACGGCAUCUGCUUCGAGGCCAAGUACAUCGGGAGCCUGGAUGUGCCGCGGCCAAACAGCCGCGUGGAGAUCGUGACAGCCAUGCGGCGCAUCAGGUAUGAGUUUAAAGCCAAGAAUAUCAAGAAGAAGAAAGUGAACCUCAUCGUGUCGGUGGACGGCGUGAAGGUCAUUCUGAAGAAGAAGAAGAAGCUUCUUUCAUUGCAGAAAAAAGAAUGGGCCUGGGACGAGAACAAAAUGCUUGUCAUGCAUGAUCCCAUCUACAGGAUAUUCUAUGUAUCUCAUGACUCCCAGGACCUAAAGAUCUUCAGCUACAUUGCUAGGGAUGGAUCUAGCAAUGUUUUCAGGUGCAACGUCUUCAAGUCCAAGAAGAAGAGCCAAGCCAUGCGCAUCGUGCGGACGGUGGGGCAGGCGUUUGAGGUGUGCCACAAGCUGAGCCUGCAGCACACCCAGCAGAACGCUGACGGCCAGGAGGACGCAGACAGCGAGAGGAAUGGAGACGACCUGGACAUCCCAGCCUGUCGCCUCUCCGGUGUGGAGAGAGCGGCUGCCUCCGCCGAGGAGACCGACAUCGACGCCGUGGAGCUGCCGCUGCCCGGAGCCGACAUCCUGGACUUCAGCCGCGGCGUCACUGACCUCGAUGCUGUGGGCAAGGAGAGCUGCCUCCACCCUGAAGAUAUCCUGACAGCAUCACCCAAGAUGCUGCUGCCCUCAUCUGCCCAGCUGCCUGAUCUGGGAACACCCCUCUCUGCCCACCACCAGAUGCAGCUUCUCCAGCAACUCCUGCAGCAGCAGCAGCAGCAGACACAAGUGGCCGUGGCACAGGUCCACCUGCUGAAGGACCAGCUGGCAGCAGAAGCAGCGGCACGGCUGGAGGCCCAGGCUCGUGUGCACCAGCUCCUGCUCCAGAACAAGGACUUGCUGCAGCACAUCUCACUCCUGGUCAAACAGGUGCAGGAGCUGGAGCUGAAGCUGGCAGGGAACACGACCACAGGCUCCCAGGACAGUCUGCUGGAGAUCACCUUCCGCUCCAACACCCUCCCCGUCCUCUGCGACCCGACCACCCCGCAGCCCGAGGACACCCAACCGCCAUCGCUGGGCCCCAGCUCGGCCUUCCCCAGCACCAUGGGCAGCCCCAUAGGUAGGAAUGACUGUCUGGUGAAGCUGGAGUGCUACCGCUUUCUGCCGGACUCGGGGCCACCUGCCCCGGAGCCAGCCCUGGGCAGCCUGGAGCUCAUCAAGUUCCGUGAGUCGGGCAUCGCCUCCGAGUACGAGUCCAACACGGACGAGAGCGAGGAGCGCGACUCCUGGUCCCAGGAGGAACCGCCGCGCCUGCUCCACGUCCAGCCCAGGCAGGACCUGGGCGACAGCCUGGAGGACGAGAUCGCGGUGUAGGGGUCAGCAGGAGGUGGUGCAGAGCAGCCAGGACCUGCUGGAGCUGGGAAGGACCCUGGCUGCAGUCCCAUGGCCCUGGCAGGGAUGGCACAGCCCAGAGAGGGGGGGAGAAGGGAGCAGGAGGAUUCCAGUGCCCAGUCGGGAGUGUCUGGAGGGGAGGAUGGAGCUGUGUGCGGGGCGCAUGCCGGGCGUGCUGUGCUCCGGCAUGCGUGGGCUUGUGUGCUGAGCUGCAGCAUCCCUGCUUUGCAGCAGACAGAACUGACAGCUCCUUGUGCUCCCCCCUGGCCUCGUCUCCCUUCAAACUGUGUGUCAAGGUCAGGCAGAGGUAAGGGACUUCUGCUGGAUUAGCCUCUGCUGCUGCUGGGGAAGCAGUAAAGCAGAGGAGAGCUUUUGCUGUAGGAAUGGGAGAGCAGUCUAGGGCAGUGAUCAGGGACUGAGGGGGCAGCUCCAAGGUGGUGAGCAAGGACAGAGCAGCUGGUCUGGCUCUUUGCAUGGUGGGCAGGGUGGCUGACAGCCAUGCUAAAUGAAGGUUGGUGAUGGUGCACUGUCAGAGCUGGUCUGUGAGAGAGAAGUGAGGCACUGAGGGACAGUGGCAAGGAGCCUGGAAAGGUUUUGAAGGGGUGAGGUGAGGUUGCACAGGCUGGCCAGGUGCAGGUAGUGGUUGGCAGGGGGAUGUGGCACUUUCAGGACAGGGUUUAUCUAUGCGAAUGCAGGUGGAGGGCGUGUAGGCAGAGUCCGCUCCUCUCCCAGGAUGCAGAGCAGAGAGGAAGGCUCAGCGUAGUGUGGAGCAGGGAGCCAGGGCAUGCAGCAUUAAGCUGUGGAGUGUCCUCCCCCUCAUCAUCUAAUCCUUUGGCUCUUUGGCACAGCUGCCAGGUUUCAAAGCCUUUUUCAUGCUCUCAAGUCACAUUUUCAAGCACUUCCGAUCACCACAAACUGCCUGCUUUGCUUUAUGGACAAACCCUCCCAUUUCCAAGCAGUUUUUUUGCCCCAGACCAAGGCUGGGAGCUGCAAUGCUGGCAUUGGCAUCUUCAGGGAUGAGCACACUUCCAGCCCUCAAUGGGGAGUGAACUGCUGGUGUCUGCAGGGGUGCUUCAUCACACCUCUGGUUUGCACCCUCUGGAAAAGUGAAUCCAGGAUCUCAGGGGUCCCCCACCAGCACUCGAGACACUUAUGGCUGAAAGCCAUCUGUGGGGGCCUCCAAGGGAUCCAGAGCUUGUUCCUUUUCUGCAAACACUUUUAUCACCUGCCUGGUGCUGAGCCUCUAAGAGGCCAAGAUUGAAAGGGGUAUGAACCAAAGUCCUGAUGCCCACCCUGCUUCAUGUGGAAGCACUCGAUGAGGUGGGGAUUUGGCACAGUUGUCUUCCUCCCCAUCCUCCCUCCUAUCCUGCUUCUGCUUUGCUUUGUUGCUUCCUUGCUGCUCUCAUCUUUGCCAGCUCUGUCUCUGCUCAAUCUGCUUGCAACUUACCCCUGGCUGACACCACCUCUUGCUCUCCUUCAGGGCUUAGCCUGGUUGCUGAGGAAAGUCCAUCACUUCUUUCUGCCCUGGUCCCCUUGGGACUGAGAGCUGCUGAGGAGUGUGUGGAUGAGACCCCCGGGGUCAGCACAAGCUGUGCUGUGCACCCUCCACCACACAACAGGACUGGGUGGACUUUGAGGAGAUAGAGGGUCUAGUGGGAAGGAAAGAAGGACAUGUUUCAGUGUCCCCAGCAGUGUCCCCAGCCCCGGUGUUCAGGGGAGCUCUACACCAGCCACAGAGCAGGCAGAGUGGGAGGGAGUGCUGUUUGGUAUAGGGUGCUCCUGUCCUCUAGGCACCACUGCCUUCAUAUGCCCUGUCCCACAUGGCUGUGGGGACAGCUGUGUGCCAGCCCCUCUGCUGGGGACCCGGCAUGCCACUGGCAGCUCGCAAGGGGUGCGAGGUUGGUUCAGCUAGGAGGAAGAAGUGGGCAUGCACAGCAUGCACAAGGCAUGGUACUUCCAGGGUAGGCAUGGUUGAGCUUGGACAGGGAUUUCCAUGUGGGCAGAGAUUGUUCAGGGGAAAGAACUGCAGGAGCUCAGCUGUACAUGUGGGGCAGAUGAAGGGAGAGCCUAAAAAGAGCAACAGCAGGCCAGAGGUCUCUUCCAGGCUGGGUUGCCUCAGGAAGCAGGUGGGGGGAGCCAUCUCCUGAGCUAGUGCUCCAGUCCAUCCCUGCUGCACACACGGAGCUCAGGCCAUGUCUUGUGAGAGGCUGUCAGGACCAGAUGUGGCCUCAGGCUCCUGCCCCAUGCUCUGCCCACAGGGGACAGGAGCAGGUGCCCCACAGGCCGAGGGGGUGCUGCCGGGGCCGGGUGGGAUCCUGCCAGCCUCAUGCUGCACCAUGGGUGUACACAUGUAAAUGACCCCUCCUAAGUCAGUGCUGCCUCCAAGACUCCUCUCUAGCCUCUCACUUUUGUUAUGGACCUUGACAGGGGUUUUAUAGCUAUAUUUUUUGUCCUUUCUUUUCCUACAACUGUCAUAUUACUAACUGUUGAAUCUAUCUGGGAAGCCAAUCUGUCAAUGUAAGUGCACUUAACCCUUGGGUGUUGUCAUGAGUCAACUGGCUUUUGCUAAAUAAAUCUUUCUAUUUCUCAAGGCUUUCUGUUGUCUCUUUCUUCUCACUGACUUUCUCUUUCUGUGCUUCCUUCCCUCUCCAUGCUGGAUGCCAGCACCAGCAGUGACAUCCUCUGGCCUUGCAGAGACCCCCUCCAACCUAAGCUUCCUCUCCUGUGGGACCCCUGCUUGUGGUGCUAGCCACAGGAUACCCACGAGAGCAAGGUGCCCAGAAUGUUGCUAGGAGUAGAGGUGUUUCAGUCUCACCCUUCAGCCACUCCACAGCACAGGCUUGUCUCAGGGCUGAUCCAACAGCUGCAGGGUGUCAGGGGCUUCCUGGCAUCUGCAGAACUCCCCACAGAGAUGCUAAUCGGCACUUUCAGAGGCUCGGGAAAUUUUUGGCAGCUGGAGAAGGAAAAAUAGGGAAG